GGCGGCGGAGAGAGGAGAGGGGCGGGCAGGCGGGAGGGCGAGUGGGGGGCGGUUGGCAGAUCCACGCAGGAGGAAGAGGUGGGCGGCGGACGGAGGCGUCUCCUUUAAAUCCUCCCGGCUGCAAGCAAGGCAGCGCAUGUGGACGCGAGCGAGGAAGGCAGGGGCAGCGAGAGAGGGAUCUCGGCGCCCUCCCGAGCAAUGACCAGCCGCGCGAUCGCCAGCCCUGCGGGACUCCCUGGCCGCUGCCACCGCGCCUCGCCGGAGCUGCUCGCCAUCUGAUGCCCCCCUGGCCAAGCAGCAGGAGCAGACGCCACGCAGCAUGUCCCGGCGCAAGAUCUCGUCGGAAUCCUUCAGCUCGCUCGGCUCGGACUACCUGGAGACCAGCCCGGAGGAGGAAGGCGAAUGUCCCGUGGCCAGGCUGCUGUGGAACGGCAGCCGGAGCCCCCCUUCGCAGUCCGGGGCCACCACCCCCGUCGCCGCCACAGCCCCUCCGUUAGAGGCGGCGGCGGCAGCGGCGGGGCCAGCCGCGGUCUCGGCAGCCCCCUCGGGCUCCCGGAGGGCUCCUCGCCGGAGGAGGGUCAACCUGGACUCGCUGGGCGAGAGCAUCAGCCGCCUCACCGCCCCCACGCCUCAGACCAUAAGGCAGACUCUCCAGAGGACACUGCAGCAUUACGAGCAUCAAGUUAUUGGUUACAGGGACGCUGAAAAGAACUUCCACAAUCUCUCUAACCGGUGCUCCUAUGCAGACCGCCCUGGCAACGACGAAACUGAAGAUGUCUCAGGAAUCCUCCAGUGUACAGCAAAUAUACUCGGCUUGAAGUUUGAAGAACUGCAGGAGAAAUUUGGGGCCGAAUUCUUCAACAUCUGCUUUGACGAGAACGAGCGGGUCCUCCGGGCCGUGGGUGGCACCUUGCAAGAUUUCUUCAAUGGCUUUGAUGCUUUGCUGGAGCACAUCAGGACUUCGUUUGGAAGGCAGGCCACUUCAGAAUCCCCUUCUUUCCUAUGCAAAGAGCUCCCCGAAGGCAACCUGAUGCUCCACUACUUCCACCCUCAUCAGAUUGUUGGUUUCGCCAUGGUGGGUAUGGUCAAGGCGGCGGCCAGGAAAAUCUACCAGCUGGAAGUCGAAGUGGAGCAGAUUGCAAACGACAAAUUGUGCCCCGAGGACUCGAACCCGGGCAAUUGCAGCUGCCUCACUUUCGUCAUCAAAGAGCGUGAAAAUGCAAACAUCACAAAAGCACUUCCUCUAGGCUCUUCCCAGUCCCCCUCGGACCUGAGGAUAAGCAUCAGCAACUUCUGCCGCGCUUUCCCCUUCCACCUGAUGUUUGAUCCCAGCAUGCUAGUGCUGCAGUUAGGGGAAGGGCUUCGGAAGCAGCUCAGAUGCGAUGCUCACAAGACGCUGAGGUUCCAAGACUGUUUCGAGAUCGUUUCCCCAAAGAUCGGCGCCACGUUUGAGCGAGUCCUCCUGAGGCUGUCGACACCCUUCGUGAUCCGAACCAAACUUGAAGCGUCUGCCUCUGAAAAUACAGACAAGGUGAUGGAAAUCAAAGGACAAAUGAUUCACGUCCCGGAAUCAAACUCCAUUUUGUUUCUGGGCUCUCCUUGUGUGGACAAGCUGGAUGAGCUCAUGGGCCGAGGCCUCCACCUUUCAGACAUACCAAUUCACGAUGCCACCCGCGACGUCAUCCUCGUUGGGGAGCAGGCCAAAGCCCAGGACGGCUUGAAGAAACGGAUGGACAAACUGAAGGCAACGCUGGAACAAACACACCAAGCCCUGGAAGAAGAGAAGAAGAAAACGGUGGAUCUCCUUAUUUCCAUCUUCCCGGAAGAAGUGGCUCAGCAGCUGUGGCAAGGGCAGCAAGUUCAGGCCAGGAAGUUCGAUGACGUCACCAUGCUCUUUUCUGACAUAGUUGGCUUCACAGCGGUCUGCGCCCAGUGCACUCCCAUGCAGGUGAUCAGCAUGCUCAACGAGCUCUACACGCGAUUUGACCAUCAGUGUGGAUUCCUGGAUAUCUAUAAGGUGGAAACAAUAGGUGAUGCGUACUGUGUUGCAGCAGGGCUCCACAGACAGAACCUAAAUCACGCAAAGCCCAUCGCGCUGAUGGCCCUGAAGAUGAUGGAGCUGUCGGAGGAGGUGCUUACACCGGAUGGAAGACCUAUUAAGAUGAGGAUAGGGAUUCACUCAGGAUCUGUUCUGGCUGGAGUAGUUGGUGUGAGAAUGCCAAGAUACUGUCUCUUUGGCAAUAAUGUCACCCUAGCAAGCAAAUUUGAGUCAGGAAGUCAUCCUCGUCGCAUCAACGUCAGCCCGACAACAUACCAGCUCCUGAAAAAGGAAGAAAACUUUAUCUUCAUUCCUCGAUCCCGUGAAGAGCUUCCAGACAACUUUCCAAAGGAAAUCCCUGGGAUUUGUUAUUUCCUGGAGGUCAGAACUGGUCAGAAGCAGCCAAAAUCUUCUGUCACAUCUGCCAGAGUGAGAAAGAUUUCCUACAACAUUGGCACCAUGUUCCUCCGGGAAACGAGCCUAUGAGGCCUGCUGCAGAUCAAAGACUCAUCAAAAAAGCACAAACCCAGAACUGGGUCAUGACAGGAGAGAGGAGAUUCUUUCUGUUUCACUGCAUUGUUCCAAGCAAGCAGUAAAAGCUCCGUGAAAUGUCAGGCAAUAAUUCUUUUUAAAGGUGGGUGGCUGCAGUCCAUAAACAAACUGGGAAAAGGGUCAAGGGAGGGAGCAGGGAUUUUUAUUUUUAUUUUAAAAUCAAAUUAAAACAAAAUACCUUUCUGUUGCCAGAGCUACUGUUGGCCAUAAAUAUCAAAGUGGUAAAAGAAAGAAAGAAGAAGAAUCCAGGUUAAGUUGCUAUUAAUGGGGGAGGCAUUCCACAAAGCAUUGGGCCUCUUCUGCAAGGCCCAUUGAAAUAAAUGGAGCUUUUGGUAUAUUGCUUUGUUCUGUUCAGAAACAGGUGGGCAUUUCCUUUUAUCUGAAGAUGUAGUACCCCUGCUACUUCUUUAAACAUCCAGCAUUCACGCCAACAGAAUUGGCGUAGGCCCCCUUCACAUACAUCUGCGAAAUACAUGUAAGAGUCACGGUAGCGGUACUUGGUGAAUUGCUCUCAUAAGUUGCACCAGCUAAACAGAUUAUGAUGCAUUCCUGCAUUGAAAGGGAGGUUACCUAAAUAUGCUUCUCGGUAUUCUUUUUUUUAUUUUAAAAAAACAACACUUCAUACAAAUACUGUAGAGAUCAUUUAUAAUCAUUUCAGCAGGAGGAAUUAUAAUUCUGCAUAUAAUAUCAUAGGGGUUUUGUCUACUUUUUAUACAUUUCACUAUCUGGACAAUAUUUCACAUGCUGUAUCACAUGGGUAGGCAAACUAAGGCCUGGGGGCCAGAUCCGGCCCAAUCGCCUUCCAAAUCCGGCCCGCAGAUGGUCUGGGAAUCAGCGUGUUUUUACAUGAGUAGAAUGUGUCCUUUUAUUAUAAAUGCAUCUCUGGGUUAUUUGUGGGGCAUAGGAAUUCGUUCUCUCCCCCCCCCCCAUAGCCUAGCCCCACAUGAGAUCUGAGGGACACUGAACUGGCCCCUUGCUGAAAAAGUUUGCUGACCCCUGCUGUAUCAGAUGUGAGGCUAGACUGCUCCUGUAUAUUUUCUGCCAUCUAUCUGUCAAAGUUUCUUCUUCUUCUUCUUCUUCUUCUUCUUCUUCUUCUUCUUCUUCUUCUUCUUCUUCAUAUAAGAAAUGCCAUUUUGCUGGGGGUUUGCAAGAGCUACACUUUGAUCAUUUUCAUUUUCUGUUUAGUAGAUGUUUAUGUCUUGCAUAUUUAAACUGAUGUUCAAUAUUUGUCCCGCUGGUGGUGUUGUGUCCUGGCACCAGAACAAUGCAAGCAAAGCAGUUAUUUUCAUACUCAGUGAUUGGUAUAUUAUUGGAAAUCCUAAAGCCCCAGAGUAAAGUAAUUGUCCUUUGUAAUGAAACGUGCCUAAAAGUAGGCGGUCCAACAUCAUGACCUCAUUGUGCUCUGAACUUCUCCCAAGCUUCCAGCUAUCACUUGGGGGGGGGGGCGCAAUAAUAUACCUAUCGCCACUGGCUUUGCAUUUCCAGUUACUAACAUGGGUAGAAUAUCCAGUUAUUAAUGUUGACGGGGUGGGGACAAUCCAUUCAGUUUCUCAAGAUUUAAUAUAUUUUUAGAAGUAUCCCCUCAAAAUACCUUUCAUAUUCUAGAGCUUCAAAAGUCCUGGUGCCAUUAAUAUCCUUGAGACUACUCUAGAGUAAGCAGUUUGAGGACUGUGGUCCAGCUACUGCUUUGAUCAGCAGUAAAAUUUCACUUGUAUAUGUAGAUAAUUUCACGUUCAUUUUUUCAUGCAGACUAAUUCAGUAAGAGAUUUUCAUUUACAAAAUUGUAGUGUUCCUUUGCAUCAGUGGUGCGUCAUGCCAAGCCAAACUUUAAUAUACUCUGAAGAACAAUAAAACCACGCAUGGGGCUUUUGUCGUGAAAUCAGAACUCAGAACUGGUAAAGGGACGGAUUCUUUAAAAAUGGCCCAUUUAGCUUGUUGCAGCAAAAACAACAAAGAUCUUGUGCCAUCUUAAAAAAUUAGGCUGUAAUCCUAUACACACGUAACUUGGAUUGAAUUCAGUGGGAUUUACUUUUGGGAAGACUUGUACAGAAUUGCACAUUAGAAGAUUUAUUGUGGCAUAAGCAGGGCUGGCCCAGUUACAAAGGAGAUGGAGACAGUUGUCUCAAGUGGUCAGCACAAGGGGCAGAGAAUUUGCAAUUGGACCCCCUGUUCACUUUUGUUAUUAGCUGGGUUGGCUGCCCAUCAGCCCCUCUCCCUCCACCCAACAAGGCAAGAGUCUUGGCGUCCUACUCCUCCCCCCCCCCCCGCGCCUCAUCCUGCUCUCAGUGUCCCUCAGGGCAAGGCCUUUUGGGUGAGGUAGGCAGGAGACUGCCUAAGGCAAAUCACAGUGGCUAAAGAGACUGUUAUAAAUGUGGAAUGCCACUGAGGGCCCCCUUGGGUGAGGUGAGGAAGGAAGGAAGGGUGGAGAGGGAACAGUGGGAAAGACAACAGCACCAACACUUACUUAGGAGCAAAGAGAAAGGACGAGAAGGAAGGAAGGAUGGCAGGAGGGAAGACAAGGAUGCCAUCAUCAAAACCUCAAUGAAGAGGGGAAGUGGUGAUGGCACAGCCACUGCCUGCCUCAGGUGGCACAACCCCUUGCACUAGGCCUGAGCUUGAGCUUUCGUAGACUAGGCUCCACUUCAUUGGAUGCAUAGAGUAUUAUCUUUUGUUGGCACAUAGGUUGCUGCCACAUAGUGAUGCGUGGAGAGCUGAGCUAACAGGAAGAUCCUCAAGCCCUUCCCCCUUGGACAUUGAUGCCCAACUUCAAGCCAAGGCCAGCUUCUGGGGAGGGGGGGGGAGCAACAUAUAUCUGUUGCCACUGUUUUGCAAUAAAAUAAAAUAAAUUGCUCCAUGGAGAAGCAGCUCCCAUCAUUGGCCAAGUAUGGGUUGGGAACAUAAAGGCCAGAUGGAGGACCUUUGUUGAAUUAAUUAUUGGAUUUGAUCGAUUGUGUUUUACAUUGUUUUGACAUGAUUUGGGUUUGACUUGUUUUACAUUCUGAUAUAUGCUGUGUUUUGUUAUAAUGACAUUCCUUCAGAUAUUUUGUGUUAACAAGAACUGGGGUGGUAGUACUGUUUUGCUGUUGGCGGCUUUUGGCUUUUUUUGGAACCAAAGCUGAGUGGGGGAUGUUGAACUGUGUACAAUGCCUUGAGCUCCUUGGAGGAAAACGUGGGGUAAAAAUGUCAAUAAAUAGCCAGCCAUGCAAGAGGGAGCAUUAUGCUUCUGAGAUUGCUGUGCAGGGCAAAAGUGUAUACACGAUAAAAACUGGUGCUUUCUGGAACAUGUGGGCUCUGCAUCCCCCCUGGGAUUUGAAACCGAACGUUUCCAUUUUUCCUCAAUACUUAUGGAUGGAUAGGCAGAGAUAUACAUGCACAAGAUUAUGUUUCAUGCAUCCAACAAAGUGCUCUCUAGUCUACAAAAGCUGAUGCCACGAUACAUCUUGUUAGUCUUUAAUGUGCCACAAAACUCUUGGCUAACUUGCACAGAAGCAACUCAACACAAUUCCAGUGGAAUCUUGGUGAUUUAUGCCCUGUGUGAUCCUUGAUACCCGAAGGUGAAGCAUAGAACAUACUGUAUUUCUCUAGUAUUGCAUCCCUGGAGCUUUCUUGACAGUUAAAGAGUUGACUGGCAUAUUACUUCUGCAAUGGUACCUUGAGUAGAAUGCUAAUUCGAAGGUGAACGUUGCCCGUGUCUUACAGCUGAACACUCGAAGUGCAUGUUUGUACAGCGGUUCUGAAGUUUAAAAGCAGAACUGGAAUUUAAUCUGAAGUCAAAGGUUUUGGAGGAUGCUGUGCUCUUCACUGCAAAGAGUGUGUUGCUUCUGAGAACAAAGUUGUUUCUCUAGAUUCAUUCAUUUACAGCAAAGGUUCUCAAGCAGUGAGUUGCGGGUACAGCCAUCUCCCAGACCCCCUUCCCCUGUUGAUGGGUUCAGGUCCCCAUGUGGAUUGUUUGGUCCAGCAGCAGGCAGUUUUCCUAAUCCAUCCUCAUGACUGGACCAUUCACUCAGGACAUCAGUGAGGGUAACAUAUUCAUUGCAAGUUUGAUAUCCCUUUCCCAGGGCUGGGGCUUUCCAGACGUUUCAGCCAAUGUGGUCAAUGGUCAGGAAGGAUAGGAAUUUUAGUCUGAAACAUCCAGAUAGCGUCAUGAUGGGGAGUUCUGCCUUAAAAUAUAUUGUGAUUAAUAGCGGUUGAGAGUGAACCCCUGAUGAUAGGAAUAAUAAAAUAAGUAAUAACUAGGGAUAAGAUAAUAAGAUAAUAAAAAGUCAUUUACACACUUGCUUGGAAACAAGUCCCAUGGAACCCAGUUCAACUUACUUUUGAGUAGACAUGCAUAGGAUUGCAUUGUUAGAAGUCUCUUUUUGUAAACUGGCCACAGAUGAUGCUCUAUCAAUAUCGGUCAUUUUUCUCAGAACAUGCUAACUCUCCCCACCCCCACCCCCACCCCCAUUACCUAAGGACAUUAUUAAAAAUUAGAGGUUCUUCAUUGGUGUCCACCCUCUAACUGAGCAAAAUUAGCCAUAUUACCUUUGGUUCAAAAUCUGUUUUCAUAGGGUGCAAGGCAGGGCUUGAAGUAUUCCAGUGUCAAAGGUUGUACAUUUUCCCAUACAUUGUAGCCAAUCAUAGCAGUCUCAAGUUACUAUCACAUUUUUGUUUAUUCACUUUUAGCACAGCAGAUUACUCUGAGAAAGCUAUUGGUUGCUGCUUUAUCCAGCAAGAUGCAAGCUGUUAGCAGAUAGAUUUUUUGGGUGGUGGUGGGGGGUUUGGCAUCUUAUACUACAUUUGAAUCUCUAAACUGGAGUCAUCAUGGAAACAAUUUUGCAGUGAAAUAGCUUCAUUUAGAUAGGAACUUUGAAAAUUUGCUUCUGAGUACUGAGCUUCCAACACACACAUGGUCCCAACAAUGGAAAUCAUUAUGAUUAUGGAAAUCAUAGGGACAGUGGGAGUGAAAUCUACCAAGCAUUAUGGCUAUGUAAUCUCUUCCAUUCAUUGCAUUAGGAUUUGCAGGGGCCUUCUGUUCAACCUCAGUUAUAAUUAAGGGACGUUGCAUGGCAACAUUGCUUGGUGAAUUGUUCCCAUUGUUUCUAGACAGGUAGAGAGACUAGGAAUACUAAUUCCUUUGAACAAUAGUGUCCAGGAGGUAGGAGUGAUGGUCCUGAAUGGGGGAAAAAAGCAGAACCACUAUAAUCACAGAGAUCAGUGCAAAACCUAAACAAUUGGAUGUCAUCAUCUCCAUGGAGAUAAUUGCUGUGUUUGCAAAUAAAUCAACUCUCUCUCAAAAGAAAGAAUAGCUUCCCACAAAGAGCCUGCAGACAGUGCUUUUCAUAUAUAAGCAUGUUCAAAUGCGACACCUCCCAGACACCCAUUUUCAGUGCAUUGUACCCAGUGAUGUGCUUCCAUAUUAUGACAACUAAAGUUCCUUUGGGGGCACCUUUCUCUAGCUCAUUGUGUGAGGGAAGCUUGAGUGUAUUGCCAGUCUUGCCUUUUCAUACUGCUGCAAUGGCCAGAUUAUUUAAUAUCUUGAAGAGAAAAGCAUGGGCAUUUUUCAUUAAAUCAAGAAUGACCUUCCCGCCCCCCAGCUUUAACUCAACAGAUGCUGUGGACCAUAUGGCCCAGUUGCCCCUCGUUGAGAGAGACAUUUCGGAUUCAGCAAAGCACUGCGGCUUUCUAAGUGUUGGAAGGCUGUGCAAAUUGCAAGGUGUGAGCAGACAGUCUUUUGCAAAACUUGUCAAAAGGAACUAAGGCAACAUUUUAGAAUGUAAAUGAAUGCAGUGAUCCAAAUGAGAGACAUGCUAAGUUAGCACCUUUCAGUGGCACACUAUCCAAGUUCUGAAUUAUAGGCUUGUUGGUCUUGCCUUUGGGACCUAUGAGUGGAGUAGAGGUUAGAUCACUAACUCCAUGGAUCUAGGGGCUUUAAAAAAAAGUUGGCCAGGCAGUCUAAUCAAGACCCACGCUUGAGAAAACUAAUUCUCAGAACUUGUUGCAGCAUAAUCAUAUUUCAGUCAUACAUGACAAUAAUACUAUCUGAUUUUCAUGUUUCCAACACAGCAGACCAUUUCUAUAGCAUGUGCUUCAAUAGGACGUCUUCGUGCAUACCCAUGAAAUGUACCCCUUAGGCUGAAAUAGAUAUUACGGUUUAUUGUUGAUUAUUUCUACAGGACUCAGAGUGUACAGAAUGCUGUACCGUCGUCAUCUCAGCAACCUUGUAGGGCAGGUGUAGCCAACACGGUGGCCUGUAGAUGCUGUUGGACUACAACUCCCAUCAUUCCUGACCAUUAGCCAUGCUGGAUGGGGCGGAUGGGAGAUGCAGUCCAACAUUUGCAGAGCACCACAUUGGCUAUCCACGUUAGACCCUGUGGGGGCACUCAGAGAGAUUUAUAUUCAAGCAAGGAUUUGAACUUUGAUCCUCCACAGAUCAAAACCGCUAGUAGUGUUCCCUCUCAGAAUAUUCCAAGUCUUCCUAACCAAAUCAUCUCAUUCAGAAUGUUUUAAAACUAAAUUGAACUGCAAACUUACAAAGUAAGUUUUGCCAAGGCACGCUCUGGUGCCCUCAAGCUUUUCACGUGUUACUUACACAAAGCCCUUGCCAGGGUGCAGUCAAGCAGAAGUCAAUAAGGCUGCGCCUAUGCAGACUUACAUGGGAGAAAGCCUCAUUGCAUAUGGGCAUCCAUAGCAUUUUGGUUAGUCCCUCUGCAUUGCUCUUAGUGGGAUUUAGCCAUGCCUAACUGGCAGGGUUGCAUCUUUUAACUUCUGAUGGUGCCUCUCAUCUUCUGAACUAUCUGAACAUCUACAUCUUACACUGCGGAUGGCAUGUAUGUCACUUGCAGUUCUAUAUUAAAUCUUAAUUUACCUAAGACAUCCCUAUGACAUUCUUACAAAUCCUAGAACUCAACACACAGAUGAUGCCCUUCAAACAAGCCAGUACGUCUCCAGGCAGAGACUAUGUGGGGAGGGACAUUUAUACAAUCCCCAGGCACUACACUCUAGAUUGCCGUGGAUUUUAGGCUAUCUGUUAAAUUAUAUUUCUAAAUUGGUAGCAAACCGAAGGAUUUAAUAUCUCCACACACUCAUUACUCACAUGCACCAAGUAACUGUGCUGUAAAUAAUUGGAGAGAUCUGUUUAUAAAUUGCAGGAUUGGCUUCCAUGGAGAUUUUUCGAAAAACGUUGAACAGGUGUUAUUUUAGAAUGCUUACUAAAUACAGUGUUUUGUCUUAAAGCAUGGGUCCAAACUAGACCCACUGAGUAUUUGCAAGCUCUACUGAAUCUCCUCUGCUGUCCCAUACCUCUUAAUGUACAGGAACAUAGGAAGCUGCCUUUAUAUUAGUGGCAGACCACUGGUCCAUCUAGCUCAGUUUUGUCUACACUGACUGGCAGCAGCUCUCCAGGGUUUCAGGCAGGAGGCUCUCCCAGCCCAAACUGGAGGUGCCAGGGAUUGAACCUGGGAUCUUUUACAUGCAAGGCAGAUGCUCUACCACUAAGCUAUGGCCCUUCCCAGUAUAUCCUAUCUUAUUUCACAAUGGCCAGUAGGUUUCAGAGCCUUCUCCAGUCCCUACUUGUGCCAGAAAAUAAAUUAUACAGUAUCAAGAAUGGAUCAUUGGCAGAUGGCACUAGGAUUGCCAUACAACAUUUACCACUAGUAAGUGGUAUGUUACACCUGCCAGAAUUGAGAAGAAGGAAAUUUAAGCAGUGC